CGUAAACGCCCCGACGCACUUCACAAUUUUGUUUAUCAUUUUCUUCACUCAGUUCACUGUAAGUUUCUUUCUGACUGUGUUCUACUUAUUCAGUUAAAAUUAUGGGCGAUUUAGAUAUUGGAAAGCGAAUUUUUGUGAAAGGAUUUUCUCCGGAGACGACGGAAAGCGAGCUGAGAGAGUAUUUUCAAGACUUUGGCACGGUGAAAGAAAGCAAGGUCGUGCGAGACCGCAACGGAUUCAGCAAAGGAUAUGCAUUCAUCACGUUCGAAUCACAAGAAGUAGCCGAUCAAGUUCGCGACCAGGAUGGCUUGGAAUUCAGAGGGAAAAGCUUGAACGUUGGUAAAGCAGUCCGCAGAAAGAGCAAGAGGAGUUUUGGAAAGUAUUACUACCACAGACAAGAACCCGGCGAAGGUGCUGGGCAUGGCAGCUACUACGCGUUCUCUGCAUCGGAUGGAAGCAUGUACUAUGCAGUAAAUCAGCAACCGCACUUCGUCUUAGUACCAACUGCGUAUUCUCCACAGAUGCAUUAUCAGUCGCAGAGCCCAUAUCCUCAACAUUCCCAUUCAGCUUCUCAGCCAAUUUAUACAACAACGGCUGUCCUUGGCAAUUCUUAUCUGCAACCGACGCCAUAUUCGUUCUCUCACGGACAUUCGUGGAACGAAGUAGCAGCUGUCCCUGUAAACGCGGCGGCAGUUGUACCGAAAGUCCACCAUCAGUUUUCCGCUGAAAAUCCUCCCACAGAAAUUGCAGUUGCAAGUUCACAUCCACAGCCAGCGCAGAUUGUCAGUUUGGCGAUUCCUGAAGGAAAUUAUGUGCCCGAUGGUGCGGUCCCUGGAGAGGUGAGCAAGGUAGUUCAAGGUCGAGCACGUAUUUGUUUUUCCAAUUUAACAAAGGUUUUCCUUAAAAAAACCGUUUUAUUUUCUAACUUCUCAUAAGCUUUCAAGUUUAAAUGAAGUUCGUAAAUGUGAUCAUUCAAAUGAAAGGCGUUAAGCUUACGUUUUUCUAAGCCGCCUCUUGUUAAAAAUACCUUUGUCUCCACUAAAGAAAUCAAAGAAAGACUCUAUUCGCAGGUUGGAGGUUUUAAAACAGGGAGGGGUGUAAAACUGUGCAAUACUUUCUUAUCUUUAGGCUAUAAGGAUCUUAUCAGUAUUAGUUGUGUGAAGAAAGUUCAGGAAAUUCAUGUUGCUACAUUUUAAUCAGUUAUCUUUUUCUAUGAGAGAAACGAAGAUACAUGUCACUAAUAGUGCUAAUUUUUCAUCUUAGCUGGUAUUUGAGAGCCCUAAAGGAAAAGCAGAGAAAAAAGUGCCAUCCAUAAAGUUUUUGAAGAAGCAUGAACCCCCAAGCCCGGCUGGUCUUCAAGUGGCUCCAACAGCUACGAUCCAUGUCAUUAACGGACAAGUCCCCUCUACUCAGUAAAUAAUAGUUCUCUGCAUAAAGUUUUACUUAAAUCCUUUAAACCCAGUGAUCAACAUCUAAAAUUUUCAUUAUAUACGGUAAUUUGAUUUUUUGAAAAAUGAAAAAUCAAAUGGUUACUACUGUGAGAUAACAUUACAGUGCUGUAUGUGUUUUCUUUGAGGCAUAGUAUUCUAAACUAAUCUCGAGCGCUUAAGGGGCUUCAUCCGAAUGCCCUUUUGUGAAUGGAAUUAAAGAAGAACAUCAGUUGUUGUUCAAUUUAUAAACUACUGCUCUAGCAGACUAUCAAUUUGUUAGUGGCAUUUUAUUGUCAUACCUUUUCUGUUCUCCUGUAAUCGCACUCAACC